AUCACCACGAGCAUCACAGCCCCGACCCUUCCGACCAUCCUUCCAAAACAUCGACGUUUCUCGGCCUUCUCGUACACUGACUGCGCAAGGGAUUGAAGCGCCAAACCAUGGAUUACGUCGAGCAGCGCAUGUCGCAAGAAGCGGCCAAAGAACCCUCCAGCGGCGCCUUCCUGACCCCCCUCAACGGCCUCGUCGCCCUCCUCGUCCUCUACACCCUCUACUCCCUCUUCCGCCCCUCGGCGCCGCAGACUCUGCCCCGCGAACCCCCAGCCACCGUCUUCCGAACCUUCACACCGCACACGCUCCUCCCCUUCACAGGCAAAGACAACAGCCCCGUCUACCUUGCCGUCCGCGGCCGCGUCUUUGACGUCUCGAGCGGGCGCAACUUUUACGGGCCUGAAGGACCCUAUGCCAACUUUGCCGGCCGCGACGCCUCGCGGGGCCUCGCGUGUGGGAGCUUCGACGAGGACAUGCUGACCAAGGAUCUCGACGGGCCGCUUGACACGCUCGAGGGGCUUGGUGCUGAGGAGAUGGAGGCGCUGCAGGGCUGGGAGGAGAGGUUCGAGAGCAAAUAUCUCGUUGUCGGGAGGUUGGUUGCUGUUGGGCAGGAGAAGGCUUAG